AUGGCGGAUAAAUUAACAUCUUGUUUUGAUAUUGACACUCCACAUGGUGAUGCCAAAAUAACAAAUACUACAUUGAGAAAUUCGAAUUCAUUAUUUGGUCCCAUAUAUUAUUACAAAAGUUCGUAUUCUGAUCCUUUCACAGGUGAGGGUGCUGAUGAUAAAUAACUUUAUCUUAUACUUGAAAAUGUCACUAUUAUAAAUUCCUAAUCAUUUUACGCAUCUGCCAUCGUAUUUAACAAAUCUCUUUAUAUAAGCAACACAAUAGUAACAUGUGAUCAAAGACACACUAUAUGGAAAAGUAAAAACAUAUUUAAUGAGAACCAAUAAGAAGAAUCAAGAAGAGGAUUACAAUAUGCAGAAAAAGAAUUUUCCUUUGAACCAGAUUUUGAAAGUUUUACCCCUCCUUCUACAUUAGUAUUUUUUUAUGGAAUUGGCUAAGUUUAUGUAAACAACAUUACAAUAAGCGAUUGCUUAUUUUAGUUAGAUUUAGAUGGACUUUAUUCAAUGAAUACACAACAACAUUCUACCAAAAAGACUCUCUUCAUUGAUUCCAAUUCCAACUAUAAAAAUAUAACAGUUCUAAAAAAUUACAUGUAUACUCUUUUGUUUGCUGCUACUUACAUUUAUAACGUGACUCUAGAAGAUUUUAAAUUUGACUAAAGUAUUAUUAAAUCAGAUCAAUCUUUUAAUUUUAUUCAAAACAUCUCUAUUAGUAACCAUUACUGUCUUAGCGAUGGAGGAAUAAUUUUUAUUUAAGAAUAUGUCGAUAUUGAAAUUGGAUAUAGCUAAAUUUAGAUCGUCAACAGUACAUUCUAGAAUAUUUAAGUAUAAGGAGCUGGAGGAAUAAUCUUUUCCCCAUUCAUUGUUGAUUACAUAAUAUUUGAUAGAGUCAUAAUUAAGAAUAUAACUUCUAAGUAUUAAGGUGGCUUAUUCUUUUUCAACUCAACAUCUGAGGAUUAUUUUAACUUAAAAAUAAUUAACUCCUAUAUAACUGAUUUCAAAUCUCUAGAUAAAGGGUAGUUUCUAUUUGCUACUUUAAAGAAUUUCAAGCUUGAAAUCAGUGAAACUACUAUUGAAUGCUCUUCAACUUUAACUGAAAUUUAAAGUGAGCUUAGUGAAAGUUAAAGCAUUGGAGCGAUCUACAUUUAAAAUUCAAUACAAGGUUUAUUUACUAAGCAUUCAAUAUUCAGGUAAUGUAGAGAAUCAAAAGAUGGCUCACUAAUUACCUUAGAAAAUACCUAUUUUGAAGAUUAUGAAUCUAAAUUUGAAAAUAACCUGGCAUCAUAUGGCGGAGCAAUAACCUGCAAUUUUUGUAGAAUGAAAAUGACUAAAACCUAAUUUAUAAACAAUAUUGCCAGUUAAGGAGGAUGUAUUUUCACUGAUUAGACUGUUAAUCUACAUUUCUUGCAAAUUUCAGUAUUGAAUAACACUGCCUAUCGUGAUGGAGGAUUUAUCUUUUUGAGACUUAACAAUCAAGAAACAAAGUCUUUAUCCAAAUCAGGAUCAUUUCUCUAUUCAAUUGCAGAAUAAUUAACCAUGAACAUUACAAACUCGAUUUUUUAAUGCAGUACAACUGAAACUGAAGCAAAUAAAACAGUUCAAUUAAAUGAUAGAUACUUUGCAGCAGAUACUGACACUCAAUUUUCUAUUACCAAUGCAGCUUAAGUAAACUCUAUUAACAACAUAUACAAAUUCUGUGGUCCUACCUCUUAUGGAGGACAAUAUACUUUAACUAAAACUAAAUUCUUUGACUAGAAAUCUUAGUAUUUAUUCAACACUGGCUUUUAUGGGGGUCAAAUUCCAUGGAAAUCAAGGAAAGGUGGGUGGAGUAUUCCAUCUUGCAUCAUAUUCAAAUCUUACAUUAAUAUCUUGUGA